AACGCCAAACGCACCCGUACAGCUGCUGACGGCUCGCAGACAAACUAAUUGCUUUUGUAUGACUCCGUUAAAUCUCUGCGAUGUGAAAUGUCCUCAUUGUGGAGGUGUGCAGGAAGACAGAAGAAUGGAUAUGUGUUAGCUGAAUGCUGCAUGCUCUCCAUCCACCGUGGCGGCUGUCUCUUUCCCUGCGCCCCUACAACUUCAGCCGCGUUACCGAGAAGAAAAGCGCCGCAGCGGCUCCGUUUCCUCCGUUUUUGUUUUUGACAGCGCCCUUCAAACCUCAACCUCCAUUUAAACCAUCUUGUUCUCGAGUUAAGAAUGAAUAAGAGUGGCACACCGUGGGAACUGCUGCGGUUUUGUUUGUUGCUUUACGACCAGAGCUCAAAGUUGAAAGCGCCCGGAGCCGUAUUGGAUGCAAAUUGUCACCGGCUGGUGUGUCAUGAGGACUGUUCCCCACUGGAUGGACGGGCGAUCUGUUCAAUAAGUUAUUGAGAAAUCUCUUGUAAUAGCUGACCUGUAGCAUCUGUGGGCGACGUGUGAUGUGUAAAUAAAUGACCUGAGGUAAAUGGCUUGCAUGGUUUAUUUUUUGCCUAGGUGGCGUUCACCGUCAGGAAGUCAUGUCCAGAUCGGGGGAUAGAACAUCCACCUUUGACCCAACACACAGUGACACCCUGCUGCAUGGGCUCAACCUCUUAUGGAGAAAACAGCUUUUCUGUGAUGUGACUCUCACUGCCCAGGGACAGCAGUUCCACUGCCACAAAGCUGUGUUGGCAUCCUGCUCGCAGUAUUUCAGAUCUCUCUUCUCAUCCCACAAUGUAAUCAACAACGAGGGAAGCAAGGGAGACCAGGGCAGCAGUGGGACCCCCUCAUCCUCUCCUGAUGACAAGCUGAUGACCACCAGCUCCAGGCCCAUCAAUAACCUGGUACUCCAGGGCUGCUCCUCUAUCGGACUACGAUUAGUACUGGAGUACCUGUAUACUGCCAAUGUUACGCUUUCCCUGGACACAGUGGAAGAGGUGCUUUCAGUCAGCAAGAUCCUCAACAUCCCCCAGAUUACCAAGCUUAGUGUGCAGUUCCUUAAUGAUCAGAUUUCUGUGCAGAACUACAAGCAGAUCUGCAAGAUUGCAGCACUGCAUGGACUGGAUGAGACCAAGAAGCUGGCCAACAAGUACCUGGUGGAGGAUGUGCUGCUGCUGAACUUUGAGGAGAUGUGUGCCAUGCUAGAUGCUCUGCCGCCCCCGGUGGAGUCAGAGCUGGCUCUCUUCCAGAUGUCAGUCCUCUGGCUGGAGCAUGACCGGGAGACUCGCAUGCACUAUGCACCGGAUCUUAUGAAGAGGCUGCGCUUUGCCCUUAUACCUGCUCCGGAGCUGGUGGAGAGGGUGCAGUCUGUUGACUUUAUGAGGAGUGACCCAGUGUGCCAGAAGCUACUCCUGGAUGCCAUGAACUACCACCUGAUGCCCUUCAGGCAGCACUGUAGGCAGACCAUGGCUAGCAGAAUCCGUUCCAAUAAGAGAAUGCUGUUACUGGUGGGUGGUUUGCCUCCUGGACCCGAUCGUCUUCCCAGCAAUUUAGUCCAAUACUAUGAUGACGAGAAAAAGACAUGGAAGAUCCUCACAAUAAUGCCUUACAACAGUGCCCAUCACUGCGUUGUGGAAGUGGAGAACUUUCUGCUGCUGCUGGGAGGAGAGGACCAGUGGAACCCAAACGGAAAGCACAGCACAAAUUUUGUCAGCCGCUAUGAUCCCAGGUUCAACAGCUGGAUUCAGCUGCCCCCCAUGCAGGAAAGGAGAGCCAGCUUCUUUGCCUGUCGCCUGGAUAAGCACCUGUACGUGAUUGGUGGUAGGAAUGAGGCGGGCUACCUCUCCAGUGUGGAGUCCUACAACCUGGAGACAAAUGAGUGGAACUACGUGUCAUCUCUGCCACAGCCUCUGGCCGCCCAUGCAGGAGCAGUGCACAAUGGCAAGAUCUAUAUAUCUGGCGGAGUGCACAAUGGCGAGUAUGUGUCCUGGCUCUACUGUUAUGACCCCGUAAUGGAUGUGUGGGCUAGAAAACAAGACAUGAACACAAAGCGGGCCAUUCAUGCUCUAGCUGGGAUGAACGAUCGGCUGUACGCCAUUGGUGGAAACCAUUUGAAAGGAUUUUCCCAUCUAGAUGUGAUGCUGGUUGAGUGUUACGACCCGAAAGCUGACCAGUGGAACAUCCUGCAGACUCCCAUACUGGAGGGCCGCAGUGGUCCGGGCUGUGCUGUUUUAGAUGACAGCAUCUUCCUUGUGGGCGGCUACAGCUGGAGCAUGGGGGCCUAUAAGUCUUCAACCAUCUGCUACAGCCCAGAGAAAGGAACGUGGACGGAGUUGGAGGGAGAGGUGGCAGAGCCUUUGGCAGGCCCAGCCUGUUCCACUGUCAUCCUGCCUGCCUGUCUUCCUUUUAACAAAUGACAACUAAUUCACCCGAUGGGCAGUGAGGGUGAAGAGCAGCAGAGUGAUUGGGGAGAGGACCAUCGAUAAGCAAAACACUUGUCAACAAUUUUGUGACAAACCCUCGAGUCGUAUGCCAGGGGUGUGUAUAAAUUAUUUUUUUACAGGUUUGACCAGAGCACUUUCGUUAUUCUCUACUGAAGGAUUGAGAAAAAAAUUGUGCAACUUAUGUAUUUAAACUUAUCUGUGUUCUGAGAAAUGGUCGCUUCCAUAUUUGAUUUUAUUUAAACAGAUAGUGAGUGUUUUUGGCUUCUCUUCUAUAGCACGUAUAGUGUUAAACUGAAUUAUAGCUUUCAGACCCAUUGUAUCUUGUAUUCAGUAGCAGCAUUAAUUCCAGCAAAAUGCAGUGAUGUUUCACCACCUGACAAUGGCAGAUUAAGUUGUACAAUGGCUGGUAAGUUAUUUUAACUGUAAUGAUCAAGGUGUAUAGAUAUUCAUCAGUUUAUAAUCAUUGUUCUCUGGCUGGAUUGUUCAUUUAUGCAACAGUUUCAUUGUCUCUUUCUGAAAAAGAACAUAUCUGGGUAUCUUAAAAGGGGAUUUUCCAAAAUUGUGUUUUUUUUCAAACAGCUGUUAUAGAAAGGAUAAACACAGGGAAAUUAAACCUGAAAGCCAAUAAACAGUGAUCUGAGCACUCAGCAAGCAAACAGAGGGCACAAAAAAACAAAAAAACAUAGUAAUCGUGCCCCAAUUUUAUUUUAUUAUCUUAAAAAUGUGCAACCAGACCAAUUUUCUACAACUUAUCUGCUUUAGAAAGAAUAUUUCCAAAUGUUUUUGGCAAUUAUUCUUCUUGCCAUUGGCAAGAUAAUAAAAAAAAAAAACAAUGAUGGUACAAUCAAAUUGUCAUGGCUAGCCAAUGUAUAUCUGGGUGGCAUGUUUGGGUAAACAGAUGAAUU